UUUCAUGGCAGUCCUUACUGAGCCUCCUCGGUCUCACUUAGGGGGCAAGUGUAAGCUACUCUUCUGCUCUGUGCAAAGUCCAGGGACUACAUGAUCACGGCACCAGAGUGAAGAGCGAAACCUCGUCCUCUCACCUGGAGCGCAGAGGAAGGUCAUGGAUUACUAUGGAAAGCACGCAGCUAUCACUUUAGCCAUAUUGUCUGUAUUUUUGAACAUCCUUCAUGCAUUACCAGAUGGAGAGCUCAUCAGACAGGGUUGUACAGAAUGUCAACUAAAACUGAAUACGCAUGUGACCGAAGCACUCAACGGGCAGCGUGUUUUCCAGUGCGUGGGAUGUUGUUUCUCAAGGGCUUAUCCCACUCCCAUGAGGACAAAGAAAACAAUGCGGGUCCCAAAGAACAUUACAUCAGAAGCAACAUGCUGUGUAGCAAAAGCCUUCACCAGGAUUCCCUUUGAUGACAACACAACCAUGGAGAAUCACACUGAUUGUCACUGCAGUACUUGCUACUACCAUAAAUCUUAAGACCUCCAUGACUGAACCACAGAUGGCAACAAAGGGAGCUUCAUUUGGUUUGGGUUUUGUAGCAGAGUUGCAUACUACUAAUUCCUGAAUGAGGAAAAGUUUCAUCCAGCAACCUAUGAAAUAACCUGUUCUUUUAUUUCUUUUUCAUUUCCCACACAUUGAGCUUGGCUAAGUAUGUGUCACUAUUUCUUCUAGGGACCAAAUACAGAAUUCUGCAUGAUAA